AUGAUGAAUAUAUAUUUAAAAAAAUACGUGAUUUUUUUUGUUGUAAUUUACUUAUUUAAAAUAAUUUAUUGUUUUGAUGAAAACGAAAAAUUAAUUAAAUUGAAAAAAUUAAUAAAUAAAAAAAUAAAAUUACAUUUGAAUGAAACUUACGGAAAUUUAGAUGAAAAUAAAAAACAUUUAUUUAUUUAUAUUCAUGAAAUUACAUUAAAUGAUUAUAUUGAUUAUGUUUUAAAUAAAACGGAUGACUAUGAUUGUGUAUUAUUUUAUAUAGAUGUAGAGAGUAAUAAUACUAUUUCAAAGUUUGAUAGAAAGAGCCUUGUUUUGUUAGAACUAUAUAACGAAGUUGCAAAAAAAAUAAUUUUAGAUAAUAAUUAUUUAUAUAAUGAAAAUAACUUUUCAAAUGAACAAGAAAAAGAAAAAGAUAAACAAAAGAACUAUUUAAUAAAACCAGUUUUCUUUUUUUAUAUAAAUUUUAAUAAAUAUUAUAUAAAACCUUUAAAAUAUGUUCAUACGAUUUACAAUUUACCAGAAUUUAUAUAUAUAAAUAGUAACACUUUUGAUAAUUUUAAUUAUUCUUCAAGAAUUAAAAAAAAUUAUAUGUUAGAACAUUAUAUAAAAAAUAUAAAACAAAUAGGAGAAAACAAGAAAGAAAUAAAUAAUAAAAUCAUUCAAAAAUACUUUAUAGAAUUUAUUAAUUUACAUAAUAGAAAUAAACUUAUAUUGCAUGAAGAUCUUGUUUACAAAAAAAAGUUAUAUAUAACAGUUUUUAUAAUCUUGGUAUUUAUAUUUCUUUAUUUUUUUGUAUUACUAUUACAAAAAUACACAGUUCUAAUAUUUAUUUGUUCAUUUAUUUUAUACUUGAUAUGUUUAAGUGGUAUAUUUCACUGUUUAAUUAAUAAAUCUGAAAUGUAUAAUACAGAUAAAAGUAUUGAAACUAUAUUUCAAAAAUAUAUAUAUCGUUCUACAAAUUCUCAAUAUAUACUUGAAGGAUUUGUUUUUUCAUUUUUAAUUUUUGUAAUAAGUAUAUUACUAUUUACAUUAUUAUAUUACUCAAAUAAUGAAAAUAUAUCUAAGAUAAAAAAAAAUUUCUUUUUUUUGUUUCUUAUAUUAAUUAUUUAUAUUUCUUUUAAAAUAAUAGAUAUAAUUAAUAUUUAUAAAAUAUAUUAUUCAACAUACUUUUUUUUUCCUCCUCUUAAAUUUUUUCGUAAAUAA